ACAUAUUCUAAUAAUAAGUCAUAUGCUACCUUCAUAAUUAAAGGAACUGCGAAAAAUAUAACGACAUACAAAGUUGGAGCAACAUUAUUUCUUUUUAUAAAAAGAGCUAUUGGGAAGAUUUUUAUACUAACAGAGAAAGGAAAGAUACAAUGGCAUCUUAUAAUAAUGAAGAUUCAGAAAAUGAAGAAAACUAUGAAGAUGAUCCAAAAGAACUUUAUGGUAUUAGAGAUGGAACACUCUUUAUAAUUGAUGCAACACCUUUAAUGUUUAAAAAUGAUCCACAUACAGAGACCCCAUAUUUUAUACAAUGCAUAAGGCAAUACAAAGAAAUUCUUAAACAAAAAUUGGUGUGGAACAGGCAAGAUUGGAUGGGUUUAAUCUUGUUUGGAACUGAGAAAUGGGAUAUAGAUCCUGAGAAGAAAAUAGAAAGAAAACAUAUAUUGACACUUCAGAAAUUAAAUCUCGUUUCUGUGGAUAAUUUAAAAAAAGUGAUGAAAAUAGAUGAAGGGAAAGAUUGGGAAUACUACAAGAGUAUUGCUUCUUCUACGGCUUAUCCAUUACAUGAUGUUUUGUGGCACGCAUCACGAGCAUUCUCUGCUAUAAGUAUCACUAUGCCACAGAGAAGAGUAAUUCUUUUUACAUGUCAGGAUGUUCCUCCGAUGACAGAUGAUAAUGAAAAACACAGAAUAAGAGUAGCAGCAACGAGUUACAGUGAUAUAGGACUUCAAUUAUUUGUUAUUGGUUUGAGUGAAAAUUGGAAUCAUGCUCUAUUCUAUAAAGAUUUAGAAAUGUUAUCAGGAAAAAUUGAUGCUGAUGAUUAUAAAAGAACAUCUUUAAAUGAUUUAGUCGAGCAAGUAAAGUUGCCAUCUAGAAAUAUGGCAAAACUACCAUGGAGAUUAGGAGAAAAUGUGAUUAUAGAUGUAUCUCUUCGUAAUCUCUCUGUUAAAACUCAAUAUUUAAAAAAGGAAAAUAUAAGCAAAGAAACCAAUACUCCUUUAACUUCGCAUACAUAUCUUAAAGUGCAUGAAGAUGAUUUUAAAAAAGAAGUAGAAGAUGAAGAAAGUCAACGAGCAGCAUCACCAGUUCUAGACAUGGAUAUUCAAACAUAUCAAACAUUUGGCCAAGAAAACAUAUAUUUUACACAAGCAGAAGUGAGAUCCAUGUGUACAACACGAGAACUAGGCAUUGAUUUAAUUUGUAUAAAACAUAUUUCUUAUCACCCUUUGUAUCAUUUUGAGACACCAUAUUUUGUUACACCAAACAAAAGUAAUCGUAAAGAUAACAAAUUAUUAUUUGGUGCAUUACUCAACAAAUGUGAUUCCAAAAGUUUAAUGAUAAUAUGUGCACUAACAAUAAGGAAACAUUCUGCUACAAAUCUAUAUAGUAUGUUACCAAAUGCAGAAAAAGGCGGAUUUUAUUUAUAUAAAAUACCAUUUAGAGAAAACGUACGAAACAUUAGUGAAUAUUUCCCAGACUAUAUAUACGACAAUAAUGACACAAAACCUCCAAUUGAUCCAAACGGAAUUGAAUUGCUGGAAAAUAUAAUUAAAAAAUUAAGUAUCGAAUAUAAUCCGAAAUUAUUUCCGAAUCCAAAACUAAAAGUUCAACUUCAAACUGUAGAAACCUUAGCUUUAGAUUUGGAACAGCAAGAGCCUCCACCUGAUGGCACACUUCCAAAAACUGAUGAAAUGCAUAAACUUGUAAAAGAUUUAUUAGAUGAAUAUGAUAACAUAUUUAAUGUAGAAACAGACAAUAUAAGUGAUGAGGUACCAAAGAAAAAACUUAAAAAAGUUAAUGAAGUAACAGUACCAACAGCAUUGGAAGAUGUGGAGAAGAUUCAAGAAUAUGUAAUUAAAGGACAGCUAGAAACUUUUGUUGUGUCACAAUUAAAAACCAUUUUAAAAACAUUGUGUUUAAAAACAUCUGGCAAAAAGGAUGAAUUAAUCAAUAGGAUUAAGGAACAUUUUAAAUAA